GACUGUGGUUGCAAGGUCACCUUUUAUGUAUGAACCUUGCACGCAUUUAAACAAAGAAAAUUCACUAACAGUAUCAUUUUCAUGGAUACUCACCUUUCAAACGUACUCAACCGUUAUAAAUAAAUCAUUUUCAAUCGCCUAAAGUACCUAACAAAGCACUGUAAGUAUCUACAUUGAGAUGGAUAAGAGCUUUGUACGAAAAUAUGACAACAGUGUCUCCAUUAACCGGAAAUACUAAUUCGUAAUUUUUCCGCUAGAUGGUAGGGCUGUUGAAACAUGAAGUCACGCUGGUGUGUUUAUUUACACUAUUUAAAAUGCCGUUUUUCUAAACUAUUUAUUUUAUGUCACAGUGUUCUUUCUCAAGUUCAGUAUUUACUUCAUAUAAUCGGACGUGAUUGGAGACUGAAAUUGUUGCAGACUGGAACUUAAAAAUGUCCCAGCCCGGUGUGGAAUCAGCGGCAAGCCUGAUACUGCAGAGAGGAGUGGAGCUGGACAACAAACGGCGUUACACCGAGGCGCUGAUAUGCUACCAGGAGGGCCUUCAGCUGCUUGUGGACAUGAUAAAAGGUGUCACGGACGUGCAGAAGAAGAAGUACCUGCGCGCAAAAGUCGAAGGCUACAUGAGCAGAGCCGAGAAGCUCAAGGCGCAUGUCGAGGAAGAGAAGGAAAGUGGGAAGUACCACGAGCAGAUCAACAUCGAGAAUGACUCCACAGGGCACGAUUACCAGAAGGUUUUCGGGAGGUUUCUCGACGAGCACGUCACACAAGUACACGUCGAGGAUCCUUACAUAAGGAACUUUCAUCAGUGUCAGAACUUUUUGCGCCUGUGCGAAUUGUUGGUAAAAUCGUGCAUAAAUUUGAAGAAAGUAUCGUUGCUUACAAGUUUGGAUGGAAAUGGGAAAGAUCAGCUACAAAGACUAGAAAGCAUUAAAGAUGAUCUUCACAGCAGACACAUCCUACUAACCAUUGAUAUCUCUGACACAUUGCACGACAGACAAAUCAGGCUGAGCAACGGGUGGAUAAUCAAGAUUGGCCGCGGGUUGGAUUACUUCAAACCACCGACUGGAAAGUUUUCGUUAGGUUUUUUUGACUACAACUUUAGGUAUUGCCACGAGACAGUCGUUGAUAUUUUUCAUUCCAAAGAUGUGCGGCUGUUAUAAAAUUUGACCCAUGCAUGGUUUUAGGAAGUUUUGUUGCAACAACAUGCACAGUGUUUGGAAGGUAAUGUAAACAAUUAUUUUAUUUCCAUACCAAAUGUAGUGUAAAUAAUGCACCAAAAUUGUCUACAGUGGGACUGAGACUAUAAUUUUAAUAUAUACAUAUAUCACAAUCGUUAAAUGAAAAUUUAAGGUAAAUUGUACAUAAAAGGACUUAUUUUAAGUACACAUGAUGUUUAAGCUAUUGAUAAUCAAUAAUUUUUUUUACUUUUUUGAAACCUAUGUCAACAAUUUACUACUUCUGAAUCAAUUUUUAUUGAGCUUUAAAGCAAUGUACCGGAAUAAGCUGAAAUUAUUUUCUAACUGGCAUUUCAGUUUCAAAUGUUAUGUUCCCAUAGUAAUUUGUACAUAAAAUAAUUUCCAGGAUUUUGGGGCCAUUGUCAGCAGUAAGCUAUAGUAUUCUGUGCUUUGGCAGUGUCUGGAUGUCACUUAUCACAGGUGUUUCGAGCACACUACAGUCUCGCCAACUGUGGUGGCCCAAAACUUUGUGGGGCACUAAUAUUUUGGAGAGGGGUCUUACUGGGGGGUCUGGGGAUAUGUAAUAGCUCCCAGAUAAAAAAAGGGAUUUUGUCAACCUUCUCUAGAAAAUAUAAAAAAAAAAAAAGCAAACGCGUGUAACUCAGUACACGUGAUAGAAGUGAAACUUCUUUGGGAAUUCAAACCUACACUCUUAAGUAUAUCAUAAUGGGUAAAACGGCAGAGAUAGAAAGAUGACUGUUUAAAUAAACAUGAAUUAACAAUAAAUAUUACCCACUGUUAAAAUACACCAUAAAGAAAAACCAGGGCCGCAACUAGAGUCUCUGGCACACGGGGCAUGAAUGGAUUCAUGCGCCCCCCCCCCCCCCCCUCUUUUUUUUCACUUACCACACCAAUAAAACGGGGGGGGGGGGGGGGUGGCGUCCGGGGGCCCUCCCACGGAAAAAUUGUGUUAUUUAAGCAUUUUCCAUACGUAGAUGUAACAGUUUCUGUGCUACUGUAACUUCCAUGUAUGAACCCACUACCAGUUGUAGUAGGAAUUACAAUGCAAGCCGGCGAUUUCGGCGCCCCCACAGCUUUGCGCCCGGGGCGUAUGCCCCGCUUGCGCCCCCCUAGUUGCGGCCCUGAGAAAAACGGUGCAUGUUACUGUUUCUUCAAACAAUUCUUCCAUUUGGAACAAAGUAUGAAAUUUGUGAAGGAAAUAUGAAGUUCAUGCAGGGACUGUCUCUGCAGUGCUCUCUACGCUGGUGGUUGAAGGAGGAAUGCGAGCAUACUGAUAGCCAAUAUAAAAGUCAAGGCACUCACAUCUGACUGUAUAGGAUACCUAUAUCUAUUUUAUGAAAUAAGCACAUGAGCACACUCUCUCUUUCUUAUUCUUUUGUUCCUUUAUCUCUCUGUUCUAUUUUUUUAUUUGGGCUGUAUACAAACCAUCGCACAAAGAAGAGAGUGAGAAAAAAGUCAGCUACAAUAUAGCAUAGUGUUCUCUUGAUAUCUCUUUGGCCAAGCAACGAAAAUGUUGCAUUCAAAUUCUGCCUUGAAAUUUUAACUCUCAUCGUGCCCAAAAACGUAAAAAAGAAUUAACUUUUGAAAAUAACAUUUUUAAGACAAGAAAUGUUGAUACAGGUGUGUGUCUGCAAUUAAAGGGCCGUGGGGGGCCCCCACUAGUCCCAAAACUUUACCCGCCCCUAGAGCCACUUCUAACCUUCAAGUGCAUUCCAUCAAGCUCUAUUGAACAGAACCAAACAUUUUGUUACCAUUUUAUUAUUACGUGUGCUUUUUAUUUUAUAUAUAUGUAUGUAUAUAUUUUUGUAAAAAAAAGUCUGUAAUAUGUCACACUUAGUAGAAUUAAAUGUGUGGUUUGAUAUGCAGUUAA